AUGUCGCGAGUCGUCCGUCUCAGAGGCAACGAAGGCCAGGGGAUUCGUAUUAUAACUGAAGGCGCCGACCGCAAAGUUACCCCUCGACCAGCCCACGGCGAAGAGCUCCUCAGUGUACCCAUUCCUUAUGGACCCGACUUCCUUAAUGUACGCAUCGGCCAGGUGAUUCCACGAGAAGAUGAGACGACGUUUCGAGUGGACCAUAACGACUACUUGAGUGUCAAGAUACUCCACAAGUUGGGCAUUGGGCACCACGCCAGUGUUUGGCUUGGGCGUUCGGACCAGUGGAAGAACGAGAACGGGAGUCAGUAUUUCGCUGUCAAGGUCUUUUCAAUACAGGGCUCCCUUGAUGUCGGGCAGCACGAACUGAGAAGGCACGAGAUAAUGAAGAGGAAAACGGGCAGUCAUCCAGGAUCGCGACACAUUGCCCUCAAUUGCUGGAGCGUGGUGUUGGCGGAACCGUUCAGUCGCCUCGUCUCUGUCAUGGACCUUUGUGGGGCGUGCCUCACUCAGUUGCAUCUCCUAGGCGACCAGGGAACAAAACAACGAUGGCCCGUAAAUGUAUGGCAGAAACUUUUUCGUGACAUGCUGCUCGCUCUCGAUUUUCUUCACUCCGGGUGCGGCCUUGUCCAUGGAGAUAUCAAGGGGGACGACAUAUUGGCAGACAAUGCAUUGGAUGACGACCAGUUAAAGGAAUUGUUGGACAAGGAACCGAUUGAGUUCGGCGAAUCGACAACGUUUCGUGACAACUUGUACAACCGCGAUUUCAAGGAUACCUCCAGCGUGUACCACAAGGUUCAGCAACCCAUGCAAAUGCCUUUAAUGACGCAAUUGGAUCCUUCUAUGAGCUUCAAAUUAUGUGAUUUCGGGGCUUGCCACCCCAUCUAUAAGGAUAGUCCUACAUCCGUUCCCACCACAUCCCUGCGUCGUCGAGCCCCAGAACUCGUUCUAGGUCUUCCUUGGGACGAGAAAAUCGAUAUUUGGACACUGGGAAUUAUAGCAAGUCCUAUAACUUUUAUAUUCAUACAAGAUCACUCACAUGCGGUUCAGAUGCUUGAGACCCUAACGUAUAGGCCCGUAUUCCGCGGACCGUUCGAUAGAUUCCAAUCGUUUACAAACAAAAAGACCAUGGAAGAGGCAGAAAAGUAUAAUGUCCAGGACCAUCUCUUUGCCAUGACGCUUUUCAGCGGAGAGGACAAACAGUUUCCCCGGUGGAUGAUUGAGGCGUCACCCAAGGGUAAGGAGUAUUUCAGUGCUGACGGGAAGCUGAAAUCCGGAUCCUGGAAAUCUGUGCUCCCGGAGGAGCUUGUACAGACCGUCCAACACAUGACGAAAAAUGUGAUAGCGACAGAGAUCGUCGGCCACGAAAUUCUGUCUACUCAGGCCCUCAUGGUCGGCGUGGAUAAAGACUUGGUGGGGAUCAUCGAACAGUGCUUUACGUUGGAUCCUAAGGAGAGCCCGAGUGCAAAGGAGUUGUUACAGCAUGACUUCUUCAAGCGUUCUGUUAAUGAUGAUGGUGACGGUGACGGUUUUAUCCAUCACCUUGUAUCCAGGGCAGAAGGCUCUGAGUGAAUUCGAUGUGGUUGUUUCUCUAAUCCUCCAUACCUUGAACCCGUACUUUGAACAAGACGCCCUUCAUCCUAUGUUACAACCUGUCCGUAAACAGAAGUGAAUUAACAAGCAUGGAUUUUGAAG